UUGGGUGCCCUCUUCUUCCCCCGCGCCCCCGCCCCCGCCCAACCCGUUUCUCCGUUUCUACGAAGUUUCCGCUUCUGGAGCCUUCAUAUACAUCCAUAUUUAUAUAGACGUGUGUUUGAGUACCUGAAGGUGUGAGAUUUUGGAGAAUUAGGAGUGAGAAAUUGAGAAAAUUAGAAGUGUGAAGAAAUGGACUCUGAUUUAUGGGCUCGACUUUCUAAUUUUUCUUCUUACAGGCGAUAUCAAUCUCGAUCAGGCUUGUCUAACACAUAUCGUGGAGAGGAGUACGAUGGGGAAGAAGAGCUGAGGCCCGAGUUUCUUUGUCCGUUUUGCGCUGAUGAAUUUGAUAUUGUUGGUCUCUGUUGUCAUAUUGAUGACGAACAUGCCAUCGAAGCCAAGAAUGGGGUGUGCCCUGUUUGUGCAAAAAGGGUGGGGACAGAUUUGGUUGGUCACAUAACUGGGCAGCACGGAGGUCUUCUAAAAGUGCAGCGGAGGAGGAGAAUCCGAAGGGGUGGGUCUAAUUCUACACACACUAUGUUACGAAGAGAGUUACGAGAAGGAAAUCUACAAUCCCUCUUCGGGGGAUCUUCGUAUAUGUCUUCGAUUGCGGAACCUGAUUCACUGUUAUCCUCCUUCAUAUACAGUCCACCAGUGGUUGAUGAACCUACUGAAAUUCAAUCUCUUUCUUCAACUGGGGCUUUCUCAGUACCAAGAUCCUCUGGUGAAGAUUUGGUGGAAAGAAAUGUUCAACAGUUACCACUGUCUGAAAAGGACCAAGAGGAGAAGGCUCAAAAAUGUGAAUUUGUGCAAGGACUCCUGCUCUCUACUUUUCUUGGCGACAACUUAUAAGCUGAAAAAUGUAUUCUAGAGAAGGCUCGAGAAUGUGAAUUUGUGGAAGGACUCCUGCUCUCUACUUUUCUUGGCGACAACUUGUAAGCUGGAAAAAUGCAUCUUAUCUAGUUUACAUUCUAGUUAUGGAAGGUUAUUUAAGAAGAAAGGUAAGACUUAAGAGGAUAGAGUUGAGCUUUUAGUGUUGCAAAUCUGCCGAGAGAAACUAUGAGGUUCCCAUUGUACGUAAAACUUAUGAUAUGCGUUAUGAUAUCUUCCAUAAGCAUAAUCUAGUUGAUACUAUUAGCUGCAUUUCCCUCUCA